UCAUGAAUUUCAUGAAGCCUGAAGAGAACACGUCAUUCACUGCUACAGGAAAUGACCAGAGUACCAGACCUGAAGUUUCAAAGGAUACUGUCAUGCAGCAGGCAUGUUCUGGCACACCUGUUGAUCAAUCUCUAUGUGACAUACGAGAGUGUAACAGCACCAUUAAACUUAAGAGUGAAGUCAGUGAGCAUGAAACAUCCGCUAAAAGUCAGAACCCACAUGUGAGCACCAGUAGAGACUGUUGUUUCACCUUUACUUUGAAUGAACACUCCAGGAAGUCAGACCGUAGUGAGUUUACAGCAUGUGGUGAACUCAAUGAGAAUAUCUACUCAGUUCUAAGUGCUAAUGACCAUUUUAGUGAAUGGAUGGAGAAUCAUUUUAAAAAGAACAUUAUUGUUUAUGAAGAAAAAACAAUAAAAGGAUAUGUAAAUUUAGGAAUGCCUCUCCGAUGCCUACCUAGAGAUUCCCAUCUUAAAAUAACAUCUAGUCAAAGAAAGAGUAACCAGGAGGAAGAUGAUCUGAUAUUACGCCAAUGUGAAAAUCCAAACAUUGAAUGCAUUCUUUUUCACAUUGUUGCUAUUGGGAAGAACAUAAAGAAGAUUCUCAAGAUCAAAGAACUUCAUGAAAAAGGAACUACGCUUUGUAUCUAUGCCUUGAAGGGUGAGACUAUCAAAGAAGCCCUAUGCAAGGAUGGCCGAUUUCGGUCUGAUCUAGACACAUUUGAAUGGAAAUUAAUGGAAGGUCACAAGAAAAUUCAUGGAAAACAGUCCAUGGUGGAUGCAGUAUCUGGAAAAGUCUUAGAAUUGGACAUUUUUAAAAGAUCAUUUGUCAGGAAAGGUACCCAUAAAAAACUUAAACAGAAGGAUGAAAAUGCCACUGAUGAAACUGGUCCCUGGGAUUCGAUACAGUCUAAGAGCAAAGUCCAUGAACCAGAGAAAGAUGGAGAGACUGAAGAUGGAGAACACAACAGAGAAAAAAUUCUCACACCUCAAAGUCUAGGGCAUGAUAUUGAAGAUAAGACACACCAGACAACUUCCAAAACCAAAUGUCAUUACAAUUAUAGUUGCUUCAAAAAUCUUAAGGGGGAAAACCCAAAUAUUAGGCAAAGGCCCCAUCUGGGUAUGCAAUGUGCUAUUAAUUGGGAUCUCCAGAGGGAGGCAGCUAAUCUCUGGGUAAAGAAUUUACAGGUGUUGAGCAAAGCUAUGAUGCAUCGAUAUCCACAUUUUAAUGUGGCACUUCAGAUAUUUGAGUAUUUGGGGGAAGAACAGAAGAGAAUGCAACUGCCGAUGUUUAAACAAUUCGAGGUCUAUAAAAAGCACUUUGGAAAAGUGACUGAAAAUUCUACUUCAGUUGCAAUCUGUGAACGUCUUGUUCAUCUUAGUAAGUCAGUUGGGUUCAUGAAAUGGGACAAUAAUGGAAACAAAGGCAAUGCUACUUGCUUUGUCAUCAACAAUGGUUUUAUUUUUACCUGUCGACAUGUCUUGCAUCUCAUGGUGGGAGAAGGUACACAUCCAGAUUUGUGGCCGUGUAUAAUAAGCAAAUGUGCAAAGGUCACUUUCACUUAUAAAGAGUUCUACCCUGUUGAUGCUGAUUGGUUUUCCAUGGAGCCUUGUUAUAUGGUGUCUGAUGAAACUCUAGAUUAUGCCAUUUUAAAACUAAGAGAAAAUGGAAAUGGAUUUCCUCCAGGCCUAUGUGGACAAGUUUCCCCUCAACCAUCUAGUGGUUUGCUUUAUUUAAUUGGUCACCCAGAAGGCCAGAUCAAGAAAAUAGAUGGUUGUGCUGUGGUUUCUUUAGAACAACGGUUAAAGAGGUAUACAGACCAUCAUCAAGAUGGGGUAGCAGGACCCUAUGCUGACACUUAUAAUGCUUGCCCUAUGUUUACCCAGAGAAGUUUCCAAUCAGAGGUUUGGAACACUGACACACUUAGUUAUGAUACUUGUUUUUCUAGUGGGUCCUCUGGCUCCCCAGUGUUUAAUGCAUCUGGCAAUUUGGUUGCUAUGCACUCCUUUGGGCAUUUUUAUAAACGUGGAGAUGAGGUUUACGCCUUUAUUGAAUUUGGCUAUUCUAUGGAUUCAAUUCUUUGUGAUAUUAAACAGAAUAAUGAGCACUUAUACAAAUUAUUAACAGAAUAGAAAAAUGAGAACCACCAUGAAGAGAAAGAUAAGAAACAAGAGUCGUUACUUCAAGAUCAUCAGAUUGAACCCAUGGAAUAGUAGGGAAAGGAUGCUGCUUUUAAAAAAAAUAUGCCAAUAAUUUUAAGUAUUUGGGGCUGUUUCUUUAAAGUAUAAUGAAUAUUAUUUCUCAGUUAGAAAACUUACAGCGAAUCAUGUGGAUGUACAAAACACAUAUUAGAGCUCAAAUGAAUAUUGAUUUUUUUUCUCAUUGGCUUUUUCUUUCAAACAACCUCAAGCCUCACUUAAAAUAUUUAGGUUGGGUGAUAACUACUGGUGUAAGAUAAGCUAUAAGGAUGUAUUGUACAACAUGGGGAAUAUAGCCAAUAUUUUGUAAUAACUGUAAAUGGAGUAACCUUUAAAAACUGUAUAACAAUUUUUAAAAAUAUAAAAAAUUUUUUAAAAACUUAGGUCACUUACUCAAAUAGUUUGGUGUUUGCCAUUCUAAAUGCCUAGGAUGGUAUAUCCAUUCCAUCUUUAUAACUGGUGAAGUGAUUAUUAGUCUCUGUGUAACAAGAUAAUAGGGAAAUAUACCUUUAGAGUUAAGGAAAAAAUAUGUAUUGUUCCUCUAAAACCCAAAAUUCUUUGAUCUUAAUUUUUUCCCUUCUAUGCCACUGUGACAUCAGCCUCUAUUGUAAUUGCCAAUAGAAAAUCCCAGCUUUUCAGUUCUUUUCUCUAGUUCUGCCCUUCUCUGGCAGAUAUAAAGAGUGACUUGACUAGUCUCCAUCUCCACCCUCUCAUGUUCACAGUCUAGAAAGCUAACAACUAAAUAUGUCAGUCCACAAUUUGCAACUAAGAUUCUGGAUAUAAAUCAGGUUCCUCUAAAUAGAUGCACUUGCAUGUAAUUUGGAAGACAGAAAUUAAAUGGAGACCAUCUUUCUUCUCCAUAUUCUGGCAAACUAAGUCAGAAAAGUGAGUGUCUAGAGACAGUAGUGUUGGCCACAUUCAGUGUCAGUGUUUAGUCAUUAGCUUCAUGGGUACCGGAGUAAUUGUGGCAGUGUCAGCAGCCAGAAUCAGCAUUGCAAUGUCUGGUCACUCACUUAGAUGGUUUGGAGAGGCAUUUGUAACAGCUUCCCAGUCCAGCUUCCUGAUUCCUGGAUUGCAGCUAUGAAGGUGUGUUCUUGAACUCAAUAAUUCCAAUAUUGGCCUUCUGAAUCCCACUGCUUUUUAUCAUACUAAAGAUUUGCCAUCACUAACCACUUCAGUUAUAUCUCGUUUACCUGCACUGAACUCUGACAUACCCUCCAUACUAACUAGCAAUUGAUGGAACUGUCCAAAUAUGUGAUAGCCUUCCAGCCGUGCAAAAGCCAGAAAUCUGACUCAAAAAAAUUGUUGGUUCAGAAACUUUAGAUUUGUAAGUUUAUUAGAAACUGUCGAAUUUCAAAAAUAAAAGAGGUUUACUUCUCUCUCGUGUAAUAGUCUGAACAUACUGUCCUCUGUGGUUGUGGGAAUUCCAGGUUGUCAAGGUAUUAGGUUUCUUCAAUCAGGUUCUAUUACACCACAGUCCUCAACAUGCAACAUGGUCCAAGAUGACUGCUAAACUUCCAGCCAACACACCUAUGCCACAGCCAGGGGUAAGAGGGAAAUUGCACAAGGAGAGUGCACCUCUUGCUCUUAAGAACACCAUCCAGAGACUGCAUAUCACGUAUCCUCAUACCCAUUGCCUACAACUUGGUCACAUACCUCAGUUAGCUGAAAAUCAUGCUGUGAAACGUAGUGUUUAUUCUGGUUGACCAGAUGCCCAGCCUAAAUUCUAUUACUGUGGAAUAAAAAAGAAAAUAGAUAUUGGGUAAACUAUAAGUCUUAACCACAGUCCCACCCAUCUAGCCCCUCUAGUAUCUUAUAUACACUUCCUUCCACAUAUGAAGCACACCUACCCAUUCUCCAAGAUAGUCCGGCAUUUCUGGGUAAUGUGCAUUUCUCUCCAUCACAUCUGAAUGCAGCUCCUCAUGGCCUGGAGAUAUAUCUGCCCAUUCCCACUCAUCCUACUAACACACCUGAUAUACCAGAGUGGAGUGUGGCAAGAAUCCAAUAACUUAAAUUUUUAUUCAAAAAAGAGGAAAAUGGAAAAUUCGGCAGUCACAAUCCCAUAGCAAUGAUCAAAUCCUGUUUUUCAGGAAUUGCCAGGAUGCUUUGCUCCAGUAGGGAGUUCAAUUUAUGCUUAGUUCACGUUACAACUCUUGGUUACUGCUUAUUGGAGUUGGAACAGGCUUGACCAUUGUCUCUCAAAACCCCAGAUUUUGUCUUUCAGGGUGUUCUUUUCUGUCCAUUGUUCUCUAUGGCCAUUUCCUUCUCUUUGUAAUGUCUGGUUUUAUUAAGUUAGUAUUUAUGAACAGUAAAAUAUGUCCUUUUUGGUGUACUGGUCAGUGAAUUCUGGCAAAUGCGUAUACUCAAGUGACUACUACCCAAUAAAAAGCUAAGCAGCAUUUUUUUUUUAUAAAAUAUAAAUACACUGCCAUCAGCAUGCCUACAAAAACUUAUUGAUAGUUUGAGUCAGUGUGUAUCUUCUCCUGACUUCUCCUUAAUUUGUUGUUAAUUUUUGUUUGUGUUACAUCUGGAUUGUUCAAAUCAGAAUCCAAACAGUCUCCACAUUGUAUUUGGUUGUAUGAGUCUCUUAAGUCAAUUUUAAUGUGUAAAUUUCCCCUUCCUCUAUAUU